GCCUUGGAGGACGCCGGCCUUCAGCUUGAAGACAUCGGUGUCUUUGAGCUCCAUGAAGCCUUUGCCGCGCAAAUUCUCGCCGUCGUGCGUUUGUUGGAGAGCGACCGGCUUUCACGGGAGAUCUUGGGCCGUGAUCGAGCCCUCGGAGCCAUUCCCAUGAAUCGGCUCAACCGCUGGGGAGGCUCCUUGGCGAUCGGCAACCCCUUCGCCCCCAACGGCGCUCGCUUGCUGACCACCGCUGCCCAUCGCCUGGUGAAAGAAGAUCAGGAAUUCGCCCUGGUGGCCACCUGCGCUGGCGGGGCCUUAGGACAUGGGUUGGUGCUGGAGCGGGUGUGA